CCUCUAGUAUCUCCGGAGGCAGUUGGAUUUUUGUCAGCUGUUGGGGUGUUUAUUAUCUUGAUGCUGCUCCUUUUUCUCUAUAUUAAUAAGAAGUUCUGUUUUGAAAAUAUUGGAGGGUUUCCAGAUCUUGGUUCAGAAUACAGUACAAGGAAGAAUUCACAAGAUAAAAUUUAUAAUUCAUACAUGCAUAAGGAUGAGCAUGGUUCAUCCUCUGAAAGUGAAGAUGAAGCACUGGGUAAAUAUCAUGAGGCCUUAUCCAGAACACACAAUUCCAGACUACCAUUGGCAGAUUCUAGACAAAAGAACUAUGCUUGGGAAACAAGACAAAAAUAUAGUCCUCUGUCUGCACAGUAUGAUGGAUACAGUAGUGAAGCAUCAAUAGAUGAAGGAAACUGCAUUCAGAGAAUGAGAAGAACACCCCCACUGGAUGAAUUGCAGCCACCACCAUAUCAGGAUGACAGUGGUUCUCCCCAUCUCUCAUGUACACCCUCAGAAAUUGGGGACAGUAAAUAUGAAUAUUUCCACUGCAGCAACAGUCCAAGAUGCUCAUAUAACAAGUGCCCAAGUGAAGGAAGCACAGGUCGUGAAAUAGAAAGUUUUCAUAAUAAAGGAUAUGAAGAAGAUGUUCCAAGUGACAGCACCGCAGUCCUGAGCCCUGAAGAUAUGUCAGCUCAAGGAUCAUCUUCACAGCUUCCUAAACCUUUUGAUCCUGAGCCAGAAGCUAAAUAUGGCACACUGGAUGUGACUUUUGACUAUGACUCACAAGAACAGAAGCUUCUGGUAACAGUGACAGCUGUCACAGACAUCCCAACAUAUAACAGGACAGGUGGCAACUCAUGGCAAGUACACCUUGUUCUUCUACCUAUAAAGAAACAGCGAGCAAAAACCAGCAUCCAGAGAGGACCAUGCCCCGUAUUCACAGAAACAUUCAAAUUUCAUCAUGUUGAAUCUGAGAUGAUUGGAAAUUAUGCAGUUCGGUUUAGACUGUACGGUGUACAUCGCAUGAAAAAAGAAAAAAUUGUAGGGGAAAAGAUUUUUUAUUUAACAAAAUUGAAUCUUCAAGGAAAAAUGUCAUUACCUGUGAUACUGGAACCUUCUUACAGUCGUUCUGGCUGUGGCUCCCAGAUGAGCGUGUCAGAAAUGUCCUGUAGUGAAAGUACAUCCUCAUGUCAGUCUCUUGAACACGCCUCAGUCCCAGAAAUUCUCAUCGGCCUGCUUUAUAAUGCCACAACUGGAAGACUUUCAGCAGAAGUGAUAAAAGGCAGCCACUUCAAAAACUUGGCAGCAAACAGACCACCCAAUACAUAUGUUAAGUUAACUCUACUGAAUUCCAUGGGCCAAGAGAUGUCCAAAUGCAAGACAUCCAUCCGCAGAGGGCAGCCAAAUCCAGUAUACAAGGAAACCUUUGUCUUUCAAGUGGCCCUGUUUCAACUUUCUGAUGUGACACUCAUACUAUCAGUGUAUAACAAACGUAGCAUGAAAAGAAAAGAGAUGAUAGGCUGGAUUUCUUUAGGUCUGAACAGCUCUGGAGAAGAGGAACUCAAUCACUGGACUGAAAUGAAAGAGUCCAAAGGACAGCAAGUCUGUAGAUGGCAUGCGUUAUUAGAGUCGUGAUGAAUAGGCUAAACGAGCAGUCUCAGUCCAAGGCAGCAUUAUUUCUGGUUACAACAUCACUGCUUUUAUCUAGCUACCAUUCGAAGACCUGUUCUUUGAAGAAUCAUAUUCAACAUUCUACCAAAAUGCUGUAAAUUUUGGGGAAAGAACAUCUAAUGCUUACAUACAUGAAGAAAAGAUGUAUCUCUGGUAGAGCUUGUUUGGGAAAAAUGAGAAACUUAUAUCAUCAUUGUUAAAUUAAUAAUCCUCCAGAGAUUUAAUAACAUGCUUUUGGUUUGAAGUUUAUUUUACUUUACCAGAAGGUCCAGUAAUUUCAUUAAAAAUCAAAAUUAUAAGUGAAUUAAAAAAUCAUAAUUUUAGUUGUAACACUAUUUUAGUACUACUCUAUACCCUCCAUAGAACAUGUUUUGACUGGCCAGGUGUUUAUAAUCUUCUUUAAUAUGAAAAAGUACUUCCCCAAUUUGAUCAUCUUAUGUCAUAUCUAAGGGUUUCAAAUGCAUUGAAAAUUGUUUUUUCAGAUGUUUCCCUUCUGUGCUCUUAGUGUCAUUGUGCCUGAGUUCUUCACAAUAGCACUAAAUCUAAGUGCAAGCAAGUGUUCAUUUUCAUAAAGUAAUUUUUUUACAUAUUAUCAGAUAAGUCCAUUUCUUCAUUUGUCUCUGCUUUUGCCUGAUCCAAAGAGACCAAGUCACUGUACUGGUCCCUUGCAAGUCUUUUAGACAGGUUGUACUGUAGAACUGCGUAACUUUCUGUUGAAAGCACUUCCAGUAUUAUAUUCCAAUGUAGGAAGCCAAUAGAGCAGGACUGUACAAUUUCUUUGAAUGAUUGACUCUUUAAAAUUGUGGUAAUAUGAAAAUACAUUUUUUACAAACUGAAAAUUACACCAGCUAAGCUGCUGAAAAUUGAAAACAAUUCAAGUUAAAGAAAAUUUUAAUUAUCUGCUCUGAGUAUUUUAGUAACCAGCACUGCAUAAAGCAGGUAGCAUUCAAAAUAAAUUGUUCUCUCUCUAAAUCUUACUCACCCUUACUUCAAACAAUUUAUAUUUGUGAUCUAGAGACUAUCCAGUUCUCAGUUUGAGUCAGAGCAUCACGGUAAAAACAGUUGUGAAAAUCCUUCUGAAGUUUCUAGUGACUUGUGACUAGAUUUGAUGAAAUUUACAGGUAACACUCUUCAGGGUGAUGUCAUCCUGUGCCUUUCUUGUCAGUUACAUUUGCUUAUACAGCUUGAAAGUUGUAUUUGCAAAAUUAGGCCUUCAAUUUUUAUAAAUGUAAAGAUUCCUCAG